AUGACCAUCUCUGACGACGAUUUCGAAUCCGACAACGACUUUAUCGAGUCCGAUGCCGAGUCUGAUUACGCUCCUGAAGAAGAGGAAGAAAGUCCACGUAAAAAGACCAAGACGACAUCUGCCACUCCCAAGAAGGCUGCCAAGCCCAAAGCACCAGCAGCACCCAAAAAGACAGCAGCCAGCAGCAAAAGCAAAGCUAAAGGGAUCGAUGUGAUGAUGAAAGAGGCAGCAGCAAAGUCGAGAGGCACGGAUGCAGAUGGCGAUAUCACGAUGAAAGAGGCCACUCCUUCUGAUGAAAACAAGUCUCCAGCACCAACAGCAUCAAAAGCAUCAUCCAAACCCAAAGGCGAUUAUGAGGAGCGUACGAUUGAGGAGAUUUACAAGAAAAAGACUCAGCUUGAACACAUCUUGUUACGUCCUGACACCUACGUUGGAUCCAUCGAGCUUGAGGAGCAGGAGAUGUGGGUCUAUGAUUCGGAUGAAGAUCUUAUCAAGCGACGCAAGAUCAAGUAUGUCCCUGGCUUGUACAAGAUUGUGGAUGAAAUCUUGGUCAAUGCAGCUGAUAACAAGAUUCGUGAUCCUACAAUGAACACCAUCAAAGUCUUGAUCGAUCGAGAAUCCAACUUGAUUUCAGUGUACAACAAUGGCCGUGGUAUUCCUGUGACGAUGCACAAGGAGGAGAACGUCUACGUACCCGAAUUGAUCUUUGGACACUUGUUGACAUCUUCCAACUAUGACGACAAUCAAAAAAAGGUGACGGGUGGUCGCAACGGUUAUGGUGCCAAGUUGUGCAACAUUUUCAGCACCGAAUUCAUUGUUGAGACAGCCGACAAAGAGCGCGAGCUCAAGUAUCGACAAACAUUCAACGACAACAUGUCAAAGAAGGGAAAGCCCAGAGUCACAUCCAACAAGCGUGGUGAAGAAUAUACGCGCAUUUCAUUCAAACCAGACUUGGCAAAGUUCAAAUUGACGGAGAUGGAUGAGGACUUUGAAGCAUUGAUCAAGAAGCGUGUGUAUGACUUGGCAGGCUGUGUACAAGGCGUCUCGGUUUAUCUCAAUGGCACCAAAAUUCCCAUCAAAUCAUUCCCAAAGUAUGCAGAAUUGUACACCAAGGUCCUUGAAACCAAGCAAGCCGAGAACAAGAAAUCCAUUGUCCAUGACACAGCCACAGAAUCGGAUCGUUGGCAAGUGAGCUUUUCCGUCAGCGAUGGUCAAUUCAAUCAGAUCAGCUUUGUCAACUCCAUUUGUACUGCCAAGGGUGGUGUGCACGUCAAUCAUGUUGUGGAUCAAAUCGUCAAAGCUAUCAUGCCUGCGGUGCAAAAGGGAUGUGGCAGCAAAAACAUCAAGCCCUUCCAAGUCAAGAAUCACAUUUGCAUCUUCAUCAAUUGUCUCAUUGAGAAUCCUUCUUUCGACUCGCAAACCAAGGAAAAUAUGACUCUCCGUGCAAGUUCCUUUGGCUCAUCGUAUAAACCAAGUGAAGCUUUCAUCAAGAAUGUGACCAAGUCGGGUAUCAUUGACAAUAUCAUCAAGUCAUUCCGUACACGUGAAGAGGAGCAGAUGGCUAAACAAGAUCGAGGUCAAAUGUCUCGUCGACUCAAGAUCCCCAAGCUCGAAGACGCCAACCUUGCCGGCUUGAGACCCCACAAUAAGAACUGUACACUCAUCUUGACGGAAGGUGAUUCGGCCAAGGCCCUUGUCCUCAGUGGUUUGUCGGUUGUUGGUCGUGAUUUAUAUGGCGUAUUCCCUCUUCGUGGUAAACUUCUCAAUGUGCGUGAUGCCAGCAACCAGCAAAUCAUGGGAAAUGCAGAAAUCAGCAACAUCAAGCAAAUCAUUGGUUUGAAGCACGGCAAAACAUACACCAGCGUGGAUGAGCUUCGAUAUGGCAAGUUGAUGAUUAUGACGGAUCAGGAUCACGAUGGCUCUCACAUCAAGGGUCUCAUUAUCAAUUUCAUUGAUGAAAUGUUCCCAUCCCUCCUUGAUAUCCCUGGUUUCCUUUUGGAGUUCAUCACACCCAUUAUCAAGUGUAAACACAAGCGCACCAAAGAAGAGAUUCCUUUCUUUACGAUCCCUGAAUAUGAGGCAUGGGCUUUGGAGAACAAUCGCAACAAUGAAUGGGAACCCAAGUACUUCAAGGGUUUGGGUACUUCCGAUCGAUCAGACGCCCGCAAAUACUUUUCAAACCUUGACUUGCACCGAAAGGAGUUCCAGACAGUGGAUCAAGACGACCGAAAGUUGAUCGAAAUGGCAUUCAGCAAAAAGAAGAUCAGUGAGCGUAAGGAUUGGUUGACUGGCUAUUCGCCUGAUAUUUACAUCGACCACAACGUCAACCGGAUCAAAAUCUCUGACUUUGUCAACCGAGAGCUUAUGCUAUUCAGUAUGGCGGACAAUAUUCGAUCCAUUCCUUCCGUGGUGGAUGGUUUGAAGCCUGGUCAACGCAAAGUUCUAUUCGGCACCAUGCGACGAUCCAAGAAUACCGAAGUCAAGGUCGCUCAAUUGGCUAACCACGUGGCUGGUGUUACCAAAUAUCAUCACGGUGAAGCAAGUGUCGCAGCUACCAUUAUUAACAUGGCCCAGGAUUUCGUUGGCAGCAACAACAUCAACUUGCUUGUCCCCGCUGGUCAAUUUGGUACUCGACAUGAGGGUGGUAAAGCUGCUGCUAGUCCCCGUUAUCUGUUCACGCGCCUAUCAAAGAUCACUCGACAUAUCUUCCACCCCGAUGAUGAUGAUAUCCUUGAUUACUUGAUUGAAGAAAACAAGUCCAUUGAACCCAACUGGUACGUGCCUGUUAUCCCAAUGGUGCUUGUCAAUGGUGCAGAUGGUAUCGGAACAGGUUGGAGUACGAGCAUUCCCAAUUACAAUCCCAAAGACAUUGUGGAUAAUCUUCUUCGAAUGAUGGAUGGCGAAGAGCCUCAGCCAAUGAACCCAUGGUUUAGAGGAUUCAGGGGAGCAAUUGAACCAACAGCCAUGGCAGGUCGAUAUUCAUGCAAUGGCAUUGCCAACGUUCAAGAAGAUAGCAGCAUCAAGGUGACAGAAUUACCAGUACGCUUGUGGACCGAUACCUUUAGAGACAACCUCGAAACCAUGCGUGAUCCCAAGGAGGGUAAGAAGCCUGAAAUCAACAUCUUGGAUUACAGCAACAACUCCACCGAUUGUGCCAUCGAAUUCACUGUCCAAAUUGAUGAGACCAACUUGAACAAGGCUGAGGACAUUGGUCUUCUCAAGGCGCUCAAGAUCCAAUCAACGAUUGCCACCACCAACAUUGUUUGCUUCGACAAGGAUGGUCGUCUGAAACGUUAUAGCGGCCCAGAAGAUGUGAUGCGUGAAUUCUAUCCUCUGCGUUUGGAAUACUACUCGAAGCGUAAGGAUUACAUGAUUCGUGUUCUCGAGGACCAGUUUAUGCGUUUGGAUAACAAGGCACGAUUCAUGGAGCUGGUGAUUGACAAGAAGUUGCAUUACAUCAAUCGACCAGAGGAGGAUGUCAUUGCCGACUUUGAAAAGCAUGGUCUCAAACGCAUCUAUCCUUUCAAGAAACGCAAUGUAUUGGCAACUGAGGACGAUGAUGAGGGAAGCCAACCCAGCGAACAACAACAAGGAUCAGAUGGUUAUGAUUAUUUGUUCUCUAUCAACGUUCGUGGCUUUACAAUGAAGAAGGUCGAAGAAUUGAAGAGACAACGUGAGGAGAAAUUGAAAGAAGUGGAAACUAUCAAAGCAACCGACCCCAAGGACUUUUGGAGAAAGGAUCUCAAGGUCAUUCUUGAGCGUUGGGAGGAAAUUCUGGAAGAAGAUGAACAAAUCGCAAAGGCAGCCAAGCCAUUAGCAAGUGCAACCACCCGCAAACGAAAGAGAGCACCUGCCAAGCCAAAGGCCAAGAAAGUAGCAGCUAAAACAGAAGAUUAG